AGCACGGCAUGUGAGGUCGUAUUUUGCAUUUCUGUGGCGGAGCAUAGAUAAGGAAUUGGUCCAGGUCUUUGGUUGUCAGAUUGCCGCAUCUCCUGUGCACGCACUGGCAAACUUAGAUACGAUCAUGCGACAGACCAUCGUAUCCUUAUCGGGCCCUUGUCUUAUCAGACCCUCCAACGUCCAUCCACCCACCACGCGCCUACGAAAAAGUUCAUGCACGUCACCGCACCCCUUCACAUACAGUAGACCUCACUUCUACAGAGCGACCUACGCAGACAGCUCUCUCCUACACCUCCGAUGCCAAUCCUGCACCCCAGGCCUUAUACCCUCCCCAUCUAGCUUGCCCACGGCCGGCCCCCCACAAUGCUCAACCGUCAACAGCACCGACAAUGAACCGCAACGCCACCUCCAGCUCCAGCUCCAAGCCCCUCCAUAAACACCAACCCUCCUCCACCAAGCCGUCGUCCGUUUCCUCAGCUCUCUCUUCCGAGUUGCUCUCCCAAAUCCACACAUCCCUCGCCCCUAUCCUGUCCAUCCUCCACGCCGUCGCCCACCGCCACUGCAAUCAGCACUCCGCUUCUCACUGGUGGGCUGCCUUUGCUCUCCUCCGUCGCGCGUCCCGCAACCUCGGUGCUGCCCUGCUCCGCCGCGCGCCGCGCGCCGAUCAUGACCUGCCCGCGGUAGUCCACGCAAAGUGGAUGGCAUGUCAUGUUGUCCCGCGCGCAUACAUCGCCUUUACGCAACUCGCCGCCGAUAAUCAGCACGCACCCUUGGGCCUCAUGCUCCUUGCUGCCCUCGCGCGCAUAAACAGCCUCCUAUCGCACCUCGUCCCUUCCGACCGUAUCUCCGAUCCUGCCACCACGCCUGCCACCACCACAACACCCAACACCGAAUCGUCUUCCACCCGUCCUGGCGAAGAAGUAGACUUGGGCGUCGCCGUCUCCCGUGAUGAAGUUGCUAUUCCCAAGCUAUCAAAGCAAGAACCAGAUCGUGGGGUGCCUAAGGAGUCAAAUUCCAAAGGGGCAAAGGCCGAAAAGCAUGUGAAGAACAGGAGAGACGUUGUAGAGGACACACCCACGGAUCACAAGGAAAAGAAAAGGAAAAAGAAGAAGAAGGGUGACGAUGCCUUGUCCAGUCUCUUCGGCUCCCUCUAAACCUCCAACACCUCAUGUUGGUUUCCCGGUAUAUAUCAUUGGAUAGUUUUGGCGCAAGGAACGAUACCCCGAGAGUCAAUCACGUAGUUACGACUUUUUACCUGCAAGCAAAGAAAAAAGUAUAAUCAUUCAUUAUAAACACAAUUCAC